CAGAUUCACUUACAAGUGUAAACUCUCCCAUUCCUCCCUCUUCUCUAGAACUCUAUCUCUCUUUACCUCCUCCCUCUCUCCCCCCCCUCCUCUCUCUCUCUGCUUAGUUCCUCCUCUACGCUGGAGGUUUCACACGCAGGAUCCUCUCAGUAUUCAGUCUGCACUCGCUCAGCUGCAGAGAUGAGUGCAGGGGACGUGGUCUGUACCGGAUGGCUGGUCAAAUCCCCGCCAGAGAAGAAGCUGAAGAGAUAUUCAUGGCGGAAGCGCUGGUUUGUCCUGAGAAGGGGCCGGAUGAGCGGGGAUCCGGAUGUUUUGGAAUAUUUCCGCAGCAAAAGCUCGCGGAAGCCCAUCAGGACCAUUGACCUGCAGGAAUGUGAGGUGACCGUGCAGACGGAGGUGUGGCCCUUUAAACGACACCUGCCCAACCAGCACCUGUUCGUGGUCAAAACGGCCAGUCGCGUCUUCUACCUGCUCGCCAAAACGGCAGAGGAAAUGAACCUGUGGGUGCGGAACAUCGGCCAAAUCUGCACGUUCUCAGCCCUGAACGACAGCACAGAAUCGAUGGACAGUCUGGCUCAGACUCCUUCCUCACCGCAGCCCUCUCCAGCUCUCUCCCCCCAUCUCCCCUUCUCAGCCAAUCAGGAAAUGGUUGCCAAUGGUAACACUGUGGUCAGAGACACGCCCAGUGAAUCUGACAGCAGCCCACCUCUCGACUACCUCUUGCUGUCCCAGUGUGAGACCGGCCCGAAGUGCAACUCCAGGUGUGACAGCGUAUCAAAUUCGGAGCAUUCGUUCGAGCAGAGUUCUUUGGAGACCAUGUCAGAGGAUGUGUUUAUUUCCCCAGUAGUGACUGACCCAUCCCCCUCACCCUUCAACAGCGCCCCCUCCUGUCCGCCGCAACUGUCCUCCUCCGCCUCACUGUGCAGCGGUCCAGGUGAUGUGUUCUGCUUCGACCGCCCAUUCUGCACUUCCCCCGAAACACACACCCCCCCACCACUCCCACCAAAACCAACACACCUCUCCGAUCACCACGGCAAUGAUGACACCACACGUAACCACUGGCAACCAAGCCUCCUCCCCCGCAGGACGUCUCUGUCAGGUCUGGAACUUUUCAGAAGAGAAUUUGACUUCAGCACUAAAGGACACUGGAGCAAAAGACUGAGUCUCAACCUGCCGGUAUUGUUGCCCACCGCUGUGUCCGAGAGCCAAUCAGAAGACUCCUAUGUUCCGAUGACAUCUCCAACAGUCAGCUCUUCCGAUGCUGGCUCAGAUGGAUACAUUCCAAUGAGCCCCACCCUCUCUGCUUCUCUGCUGACCAAUGGAAAAGCAGAAUCUCCUCUUCCUCCCGUCCCCGACAUGGAGCCCCCUCCAGUCAACCGCAAGCUGAAGCCCAGGAUACGAGUGAGGCCACCACCGCUUGACCUGAGGGGACUGUCCACUAUUCGCGAGUUUCCCGCCCACUGCCCGUUGAUCCGCACCAUGACAGAACCAAGCGCCUCGGCUCACUGUAUUCCACUGGAUAGACGGUGGGGGCGGGGCCUAAACAGCUUUGAACAGGAAGGUGUCACGCCCACGACGUUGUUUUCUGCGUGUGACUCCGCCUCCUGGUUCAGGCGCUUUCACCUGGAUUACCUGUCACUGGACUUUGACUCCGCCUCCCCCUCACCUGUCCAGAAGAAGCCGCUGCUGGACGAGCAGCGGGUGGACUACGUUCAGGUGGACGAGAAGAAGACUCAAGCACUGCAGAACACCAGGACAGAGUGGAAGGACCAGCGCCAGUCCAAAAGCGUAACGCCCAGCAGGGAAGAACCCGGACAGAGAACUGAAAACUGAAAGAGAAACGAGAGAAGAGAAGAGGAGUGAAGGAGCGCGAGGAGGAGAAAACAAAGGACAGCUUCACUCAGACUGACUCGGCUCUCCGGAACCGGAGGGAAUCCAGAGUCUCCUGCUGCGUCUCGAGGGUCCGGCUGGUCUCCACGGACCACGCGCUUCCCUGAACUGAGAACUGAAAACCCGUCUGCUCGAAACAGAAGCUGAAGGGCAGCUGCAGAAUUCUCAGAAUAAACUUUGGAAAUGUG